AACUAUUUUACAAGCAAGGUGACCAACCAGUUGCAUAUGCAUUUUGUGCCUACUCUACCUUGAAGCCAUUCAUUUAUAAAUGGAGUAUUCUAAUUUGCAACAGCAGGCAUCAUCCUUGAAAAAGAGCCUCUUUGAUCAGGGAUACUUGGAUGAGCAAUUUUGUCAGAUUGAGGACUUGCAGGAUGAAGCAAGCCCUAAUUUUACAGAAGAAGUUGUUUCCUUGUUCUUCAAGAACUCAACGAGGCUAAUGGCAAUUAUUGAGCAAGCUAUGGAGAAGAACCCUAGAGAUUUCAGUAGAUGGGAUGUAAACAUGCAGCAAUUAAAAGGAAGCUGUUGUAGUAUUGGUGCUUCUAGGAUGAAGAACGAGUGCACCUCAUUCAGGAAUAGCUGUGGAGACGAGAAUGCUGAAGGUUGUAUGAGGUCCUUCCAGAACUUGAAGAGGGAGCAUGGAGUCCUCAGGCAGAAGCUGGAAUCCUACUUCCAGCUGCUGCGACAAGCCGGUCAUGCUGUGAGUGUGACUGCAACCAGGCCUAGAGGCAUGUAAAGAACGGCUGUUGGCGUGGUGACGUGCAGGGUUGCUCCACUAGGCUGUUGUUGGGGCUAGCGGUAACGACGGGCCAUGAAUAAGAAAUUUCCCCGUUUGCUAUUGGGAAGUUCUCUACAGGUUUUUAAGUGUAACAUGCGCUAAUCUCGGCCCUUAAGCUGGUGCUGCCGACUACUAGUACUAGGCCGGCAUAUAAGAGCAGACUAGAGUGAUGUGGUUUGGUAGGCGUGUUGUCCAUGCCUGCCUCUAUAUGUUGGUCAAAUAAACUCGAUGGAGUUUGCAUGUUUGCAUCAUGAGAUCUCUGCUUUUCGCCC